AUGACGGAAGUCGCGGACUCGGUGAUCUUCGACACGAAAGGUCCGCUCGACGUGAAUGUGCCAAUCACAAGCCAUCGAACGGCGCAUAUUCGAAAUUAUUCGACGAAACCGAAAUUGGUUCGCAAGUUUUCCGAUUUCGGAUUCAAUUUUGUAUUUGCAGUCGUAUCAGACAGUCUGUGGAGUCAACGGACCGCUCGUCAUCGUUCGCGACGUCAAGUUCUCGGUUUUCAAUGAAAUCGUCAAAAUCACGCUUCCUUCUGGCGAAGUUCGAAUGGGACAAGUGCUCGAAUCGUUCAAAAACAAAGCUGUUGUGCAGGUUAGUUUAAUCUGAAACUGAAUCCGGCCAGCGAGAAGUAUUUCAGGUUUUCGAGGGAACCACGGGAGUGGAUGCCAAAAACACGAGAUGUGAGUUUACGGGCGACAUCUUCCGCUGUCCGGUAAGCAUUGAAAUGCUCGGACGUAUUUUUAACGGAUCUGGAAAAGCGAUAGAUAAAGGACCGCCCGUGCUUGCUGAGGAUUAUUUGGAUAUCAACGGACAGCCCAUCAAUCCGUACAAUCGCAUUUAUCCGGAGGAAAUGAUUCAAACUGGAAUUUCGUCCAUUGAUGUCAUGAACUCGAUUGCCAGAGGACAGGUAUUACAAAGCAAAAAGAGCACACCUGAAAACAGACACUUUCAGAAGAUUCCGAUAUUCUCGGCUGCCGGUUUGCCGCACAACGAGAUCGCCGCCCAGAUUGUUCGUCAAGGAGGCCUCGUCCAACUUCCGGACAGAAACAACGAGACCGUCAGCUUCGCCAUCGUUUUUGCGGCGAUGGGAGUCAAUAUGGAGACCGCUCGAUUCUUCAAGCAAGACUUCGAAGAGUGCGGAUCCAUGGAUAACGUGUGUCUUUUCCUAAACUUGGCGAAUGAUCCGACGAUCGAGCGCAUCAUCACUCCACGACUUGCGCUUACCACAGCCGAGUUUCUUGCUUAUCACUGUGGAAAACACGUGCUCGUUGUCCUCACCGAUAUGUCAUCUUAUGCGGAGGCGUUGAGAGAGAUUUCAGCGGCUCGAGAGGAAGUUCCCGGAAGACGUGGAUUCCCCGGCUACAUGUACACCGAUUUGGCGACUAUUUAUGAGAGGGCUGGUCGGGUAAAAGGGCGCGACGGCUCGAUUACUCAGAUUCCGAUUCUGACAAUGCCAAACGACGACAUCACUCAUCCGAUUCCCGACCUGACUGGAUACAUCACAGAAGGGCAGAUUUACGUGGAUCGACAGCUGCACAAUCGCUUGAUUUAUCCGCCCAUCAACGUGCUCCCGUCGUUGUCCCGAUUGAUGAAAUCAGGCAUCGGCGAAGGAAUGACCAGGGAAGAUCACGCGGAUCUUUCCAAUCAGUUGUACGCGUGUUAUGCCGUCGGCAAGGAGGUUCAGGCGAUGAAAUCGGUGGUCGGAGAGGACGCGCUGUCUGCGGACGAUCGUCUUUAUUUGGAAUUUCUCGGAAAGUUCGAGAAGAACUUCAUCUCUCAAGGUUCAUUUUCAAAUUAGAUCAUUCUAUUCUCUAUUUCUUCAUUUCCAGGUCACUACGAGAAUCGUACAAUCGUUGACUCGCUGAACAUCGGAUGGGAGCUUCUUCGUAUAUUCCCUCGAGAAAUGCUCAAACGAAUCCCAGAAGCGCUUCUCGAAAAGUAUUAUACGAGAAAGAAGCAGUGA